AUCUUACAUAGUACCUUUACGGAAGCACCCGAACUUAUACGCAAGGAAUUGGGGCUUCCGCGUGCUUUUUAUCGCGCGCACUGGGAAUACAGCAAGACCUUAAGCCGAUAUGUAGAAGAGCAUACUGCUGCGAAGCACUGCGAUCGGCCAGACUCUAAGCUGAGACCUGGCUCAGCUUUUCAAUCAAUUGGGGAUUUCAAUUUCCUCAAAGAUUUAACCAGAGAAAGGGUGAACAGACAUCUGAUUUGGUUGAAGGCGUAUCCACCUUCCUCAUACGUCUCGACAUUCGAUAACUUCGAACAUGCCAUGCAGCGUGCCGAGUUCUUCUACCACAAGAGCAAAAGAGUUGCUGAGCGAGUUCUCGUGGCAAAAAUUAAUACUAAAGAUCUGACACCAGCGACUAUCAAAUGUCGCGUGAGACAAACAGUGACGGUGUUGGCAACACCGACAUUGGCUGCAGAGGAAACUUCUGAAAUUAAGGAAUUCAAUAUUCCUAUCUGGAUACGAGCGGAUAAUCUGCCUUCGAAAACGUCUACUUUGACCAUUGAAGAACUCCAAAACUCACGGGCAGAUGUGUGGGUAUCAGUCCACGAAUUGAGAUACUCUGAUAUGAAGGCAGACCCCACCUGUCGUGGCCAUCCCGACGAAUGGCUCGCGUGUGGGGAAAUUCAAGAGAAAUAUGUUCAGAAGGUGAUGCCUUACGACGGCAACAAACUCCACCGUCGCGAGCACCCAGGCGAGGUGGUCAAAAGUGCUAAAAGCACGGAGCGGUGGACGUGGAAUUGGGAAAGGCAGUGGUGGAAUUUAGAGAAGAAUGAACAGACCAAUGAGCGUUCGCAACAGCAGACGGAAGUCAAACCUUCAGCACAUUCUACGAUCGAAAAGCGCAUGCACCCGGACGAGCCCGAGAAAGCAAGCAAGAGGCCCAGGCAUACUGAUGCCGAUACCAACGAUAAAAGCAGCGAGAAUGAGAGCCAUGCACCACCUCAUUGCCGUACGUGCACAUGCUCGUCAACUUGA